UGCUUUGAUAACAAAGAAAACACGGCUCUAUUCAAAAUUCACUCUAGAACUUCCUUAACGAGUAAAUCUACAAGAAUCUUUGGGUUUCAAUAAGCGGAUCACAACAGCCCUACAGAGCUAUCGAGGAAUAUACAAAAAGGUAAAGAAAACACGCAAAAACACUGAAACAGAGGAUUCAUUGUCUUCGAAGAAACAUCUCAGUGCCUUCCGGGGACAUGGACAACCAUGCAAGAAAUACGCCGGUUAGCGAUGGCGUUUCUAGCGCCGCUAGAGAAAUUUCAGAAGAGCGUACAAACCAUGAUCAGGAAACUUGCAACGACUUGAGUGGCUCGUUAUCUUGGUUUCCCUUUAAUGAUUCAGCCUCGACUGUCGUUGAAACAAGAUCUGACGAUCCAGCAAAUACUUUAAAGUUGAUGGUCUCAAGCUUCCGUGCCGUAUUGAUCGGUCAGUCAGGCACAAAACAAGUAACCAACGAUCGUUGCUGUGACCGAGAAAAGCUUUCCAUCGAAGAACAAGCCCAUAGCAGAACAACAGACUCAUUUGGAAUUAUUUUGUCCAGUCUUGAACGACCGAUGCCCUUGAUCAAGAAGCAAGGGUACCUCAACGGACCACAUUGCGAGAGAAUCAUGGAAAAACUUGAGAUUUUGCAGGACAAUGGAAAAUUUAGAGAACACGAGUACUUAGCCAUAUCGUUGCUUCAACUCUGUGCCACCGGAAAUAAACCAGACAUGGAGCUGGCCUUAAAAAUAGAGCGAGGAGUGGCCUUUUCGUAUCAGAAAGAGUCCAAAAAGAGCAAGUCUAUGUUUACUUCACUCAUACAAUCAGACAAAAACAAAACGUGUCACGCACUAAAUUCGAACAUUCUGAUGGCAAGAGCCUACUUUUUAUAUGUGGCUGACAUAAGAAAAAGGAAGCCCGUGAAGUUACCACGGCUCUUUGAAUACCUUAAACGUAGCGAGUUUUUGUUGCAAAACCACGAUUCGCCAGAGGAUUGGGCUGAACUCUAUCAAAAGUACGGUCGCCUUUGGCUAGAUCGCAUGAGCCUGAUACCGGAUGACGAGCGGAAUGCGCCAGCAAGAACAACCGCCCGAGAAAAUGCGAGGUACUAUUUUGAGCAAGCUAUCUCUUACAGCCAAGAAGAUCUCCGACUUAGGGUUCAAGUCAAAAGGCAAAGGCACAUUCGUCUCAAUCUUGCAACGUUACUCCUCGACUGCGUUUCAACAGCUGUGCGGACCCAAGCGAAAGCCAUUCCCUCAAGUGACAUAAAAAAAGCUGAAGAACACCUCAAUUUCAUACAGCAAAACCUUGGAGACAGUGUCCCCAUGGGCACAAUGAUACAGCUCUUGAAAACACGAUCAGAUCAGUUUUAUCGCCAAGGAUCUCUCCAACUUGCAAAGGAGACGGCUGAGGAGGCUUUUAUUCUAGCUUCCUCCAAUAAUUUUAACACUGAAUUGGACCCUCUGCAACGACGUAUCAAGUUUCUUGACGAUAAUCUUGAAAAAUUCAAGCAAUUUGUAUCCAGAGAACCCGAGCAGUAUAGUAGCGAAACCUGUUGUAGUGAAUAGAGCUUGGCAACAUAGAAAAAAAAAGUCGAUGCAAAAAGCAGGACAUAUCGUACUGGAGGUUAACGCCGCAAAAUAAAUAAAUAAAUAAAUAAGAAAUGCUCAAAAUAUUUGGGAACAAAAUGUC